AUGAAGGUGACCGGACGGGUAACGCGCAGAGAGGCGGUGCGCUCCCGCGCGAUCGGGUUGCUGGAAGGUGGCGUGGCGCAGGGGGUUGUCGCAGAGAAGCUGGGCGUCGAUCGGACCACUGUCUACCGGUGGUGGAAACGUUUUCGCGACGGCAAACCGUUAGCCGACAAGAAACGUUCAGGCCGGCCGCGUGCCGUGUCCAACGUCGCCAGAAUCGUCUGUGCCAAAGCUGCUGGCAAGCGUGGCCAAAGCGUCAGGAAAUUGGCCACGCGGCUGACGCGAAAGGGUUACCCGGUGUCAAAGUCGGGUGUCCAUCGGUUCAUGACCCAGUUGAAGCAUUUCCGGUCGUACAAAAGAUCAAAACAGCCGAAAAUGACAAGAAAACAAAAGCUUGCAAGAUUGGAAUUUUGCAAGAGGGUAAAAAAUUGGGGCUUCGAUGAGUUCAAGAACGUCAUCUGGUCCGACGAGUCCAUCUUCGAAAUCCAGCACACGCCAAAUCGGCAAAACGAUCGAGUCUGGGCGAAAUCUCGCGACGAAGUGCCCCCGGUUGAAACCAUCAAGCACCCCGCGAAACUCAUGGUGUGGGGCGGAAUGACCGCACAGGGCCUGACUGAACUUCACGUGGUGCCAAAAAACCAGACUGUCAACACCGCUUACUACGUGUCCGAGAUUCUGGAGGGCUCACUUCUGCCGGCGGUCAACCGUAAGAGCAGCAAUGGCGGUGUCACGGAGAAGAAAAUCGUCGACCGGAGGUCAGCAGGAAUUUUUAUGCAAGAUGGCGCACCAGCACACACCGCCAAGCGGACACAAGAAUGA